CCUCUCCACGCUCCACCCCACUUCCGCAACGCGAAUCCCACCGAGUCCACGGAGAGGUGAGCCAGAGCCACCCACCCACCCCAGCGAUGCCUCCCAAGCGCAAGUCCUCGGCGGCGGCUGCCCCAGCGGCGGGUUCCCCGCGGAAGACGCGGAGCAUGGCCGCCGCCGGGAAGCGUGGCGCGGAGGCUGCGGCGAAGGCGGUGCCGGCAAAGAAGAAGGAAGAGGAGGCGGCGGUGGCCGAGCUGAAGGGGUGGAAGAGGGCCAAGAAGGACGAGGCCGUGACGGCGGCUGCCGAACCGAAGAGGAGUAAGAGGGGCAAGAAGGAGGCAGAGGAGGCGCUGCCGGCGGCGGAGGAGGAUGGAGGCGAUGCGGUGGCGGAAGGGAAGCGCGUCAUCGUCGAGGCCUGCACUCAAUGCAGACAGUUUAAGAUACGAGCUCAAAAGGUGAAGGAGGACCUGGAAAAUUCUGUUCCUGGGGUUUCUGUGAUAAUCAACCCUCAGAAGCCACGGCGCGGUUGCCUCGAGAUACGUGAAGAAGGAGGUGAAGUGUUCAUAUCACUUCUGAAUAUGCCACGCCCCUUCACACCAAUGAAGAAACUCGAUAUGGAUGAGGUUAUCAAGGACAUUGCCAAGAAAAUCUCCUAAAUCAAGUUGGCUGGCCAUGGCUCGAUGGUACCAUUUUGUGCUCCAAAGCUUCAAGCUGACAAGUAAUCCUCCCAAGUGUACGGUGUACCUUCGUGUAGAGUCACCAUUAAUGGCACUUCAUACUGCAUUGUCCAUGUCUCUCCCAUAGAAUUUGGAACCAGUGGUCCAUUCUGUGUUGCAGCUAAGACAUGUUGAAUUAGUAGAUGUGGCAAUUGCUAGUGCUUCUAUGCUA